AUAUGGGAAAACGUGGUUUUUUGCAUUUUUGCCAUAAAUUGAAAUUAUUCGUCAAAAACGAUCUAACUAAUGACGUUGAAGUAUAGCUGCUGAGGCUACACACGAUUGUACCGUGACAGUCGCCGGUAUCGUACAUUAUUGAUGAAGUUGAUGUUUGCGCCACGAUAGGUCCCGUCCUCGUUAAUGUAAGCAGUGCAAUCCGCUGCAUUAUUGUUUUUCUUGAAUAACCGUAUUGUUACUAUCCUUCCUUAUGAAAACACAAAACCAUUAUCAAGUGAAACAUGAAAAAAUGGCGUAAUUUAAACUAAGAGUUUGAAUCAAUAACACUUAUGCAAUACCCCAGGGGUAUGCGCUUCCACGUGUCAUGAUGUAUAAAAACAAAACGUGCUGAAAUUCUAGAAUUCUGAGAUAUUUUAACACAUUUUCCGCAUUGCUUCCGUCGUGAAGCUCGGAUAUAUUCGUCCGAUUCAUAUGCGAGUCAAAUCAGUGAGAUAGACGUCUUCCGCCGCGAUGCAACUAAAAACUCCAGUCCACCUCUAUUCGAUACUGAUCGGUUUGCUGCUUCUAGCCGAAUGCGAGUGUACCGUAGGUCGUCAUUCUUCCAUAUUCAAGAGUAUCCUUUCCACGAACGACGAGUGCGGGCGGUAUUUGAAUGAAAGCAACGGGAACUGCAGUGUCCGCUGCCGCGGUUUGCUACACCGGUUUUGGGACGACCAACGUGGUAAUCUUGGUUACUACGCGCUCAAGCAAUUCUACCAACCUGAUCCGGAGGAUAAAUGCUACUUGAAUCGAACCAUGCGCUGCCUUAAACAAGUUCCUGUGUCCGAUGAAAGCUGUCAACGAGUCGCCCAAUAUGUUCGAUGCUAUAAGGAUCAAUAUGGAGAGGAGAAUACUGCAACCGCUCGAUUUAUUCCAUUCACCCCAAUACAACAGACUAGAAUCCUAAUGGAGUGCGCAGCAAUUCUGGGGAUAUCGGAGGAUUCCUUGAGAGAGGCAGCAAAGAAUAGCGGCGAAAUACCGCAAGAAGCAUGUCUGCUUAGGUGCUUCCUGAUUCGUCAGGGGUUGUACAGCGAAGCCGGUGGAUUUGAAUUGGAACGGUUCGAGUUGCAGUGCGGUGGCUACGGAAGUGGGUGGAACCCCGUUGCAAUACAGCAAUGCAUCGCCAAUGUGACAGAUUGUGACAGUUGUACGAAGGUGCAUCGGAUGGCCAAAACCUGUCUCCAACUGCACUUCAAAGUGUUGCCUUUCCCGAACAGUAAUCUUGACAACCUAAUUCCGGUUAUAGUGGAGUUUUACGGCGGACUUCUUAAUUUCUUACUUACCCUGGAACCUACUGCUUUACAAAACACGUUUUUAGCAGGCUUUACUUUAUCUGCCCAAGUAACAAUUUGA